AUGGCGAAGAAAGCCAACGCCGGCCUCUCGGAGGACGAAGCCGAGUACAGCGAAGGUCACUCUGACGGUGGUGCCCCCACUAUCGCUCCCGAAGAUAGCGUUGCUUCCGAGGAAGAGGACUCCGAUGAUGCCGCUGGCGGCGGCGCUAGAACCACCACCCCUACCACUGGAGGUAAAAACAAAAGUGUUGGCCCUCAAGGUUUGCAAUUCUACCGCUUUGUCACGCAACCGGAUGUUCUGGACGCCGAGAUUGUUGAAAAGUGUGGCUCGGUCGCUACCCAGACUCUUACCAAACCGGCUCGAGCCGUAUCGGUGCCCCAUUACGUUAAAGGCAUGAACGAGUUGUUCAAAAACCGCCCGUCGCCCGAGAUCGUCAACAAGUUGUUUGACAUCACGAGUGCCCUUGGGCAGAAGGCGGCGUUGACCAGAGCUGCGAGCAAGGACUGCCAGGAGCUUGUGUGGAUGAUAUCACGCCAGCCCGCGCCUCUUGACCGCAGAGCCGCCUUCAUCAUCGAUGUCCUCUGGGACGUAGUUCCCAAGGAUGCUCGGGCCGCGUUGGUGAAACACAGCCUGGAGGUGUCGCCCUAUGUGGCGAAUGCGGUGAUUCCCCGGCUUUUGUCGAAGAAUGUCGAGUUAGCUCACGUCCCUGCGAUUGCAGACCUCUUGGCGUUGGCUCUAAAGGAAGCUCGAUUCAGCCCGCUUGAGUUGUUGGAGAAUCACGGCCACAACUUGAAAGAUUCGGUGUUUCAAGAGCUCCUCAAGGUGUUGUCGGCGGUUUUGAUUCCUGACGAAUCGGAAGGGAAUCCUACUAAUACUGCCUCUGUCGAGGGAGCUCCUACCAAUGAGUCCUGUCCGCAAACCGCUCAGAGUACACUGUGUGGUACUGCUAGUCCCCCCGCACAGGGUACGAUGGUUGGCUCUGCUAUCCCCCCACCUCAAGGUACGCAUGGUACUGCUAUUCAACCGGUUCAGGGUAUGCUGCAUGGCAUUGCUAUUCACCCGGCUCAAACUCAAGCGCCGCCUCAAGUUGAGGUAUCUAGUGGGGUCACAACGGGGUUGCCGCCGCCUAUCACCCAUGGCCCAGGGGUAGUUCCCGCGGGAUUAUUGCCUCGCUCCACUGAUUUGUCUACUAAUCCUCCAGUGAGACCAAUGCCCCCGUUGCAGCUGCCAAUGGCUACACCGCAGAAACUGCCUGACAACCCUUCUUCAUCCAACGCGAUCGGCAGACGUCCUCAGACCAACAAGAGAACCUCCGCCAAUGGCGAAGAUUCAAGCUCGGGCUCUGGACUGAAACACAGACGGGUGGAAACUGAGGCCGGCACUCAGCAACGUCAAGCCACGACGCCAACGCGUACUGCUCCGAGACAACCCGUGUCAACGGCGAAUCGUGUGCAAAGACCAGAAAUCACACAGUCGGUGGUGGAAGAAGACCGCUACAGAAGAGAGGCUAGUGGCACCGAGGAAAGACGGGUUACCACCACGGUGGGCUCUCAUGCGAGACGAGUGGUGCCGCAGCCCGGUGUUGGUUCGACCCAGCCUGGUGUUGGCUCGAGCCGGCCUGGUGUUGGCAACAGACGCCUUGGGCGUCCUGAUCGCCAUGUUCAACCGACUACCGUUCGCGACGUACCUGCCGUCGUGUUUGGCGGGUUCCAUUGCAAAAAUUCCAACGUCUACAUCUACAUGGGUGACCGUCCUCCAGUUGUUCACCCUACUGAUUUGGCGGUGACUCACCAAGACCCCUCUGAAGAUGAAGAAGAAGUAGUUGAAUGA